AAAAAAAUAAAAAUAUUUUAUAAUUUGAAGGAUCCAAAUCAGCUAAAAUCCUUGACCCAAAAAAAUGCCGAUAAAGACCCAAGGAGACAAUAGGACAGAGAAACAGAGAAAGGGAGAAAACAGAGGGAGAGAGGGAUGGAUAGGAUGUUCUCAGUGGAGGAAAUGUCUGACCAGCUGUGGUCUUCUUCAGCACCACCAGUCAAUGAAGCAGACGACGAUUUGUCCAAAAUGAACCGGAGCGCAUCGGAGUGGGCCUUCCAGCGGUUUCUCCAAGAAACCUCUCCCUACUCACCAUCACCCUCACCACCACAGCCACCUCCACCUCCUUCUUCUUCUUCUUCUUCAACUCACCAUGACCACAACGACGUCGCAGAGAUCAAGAUGAUCAAUGCCCACCACCCCAAUCCCACUCACGCCCCUAACAACAACAACAACAACAACAACAACAGCAACGACUAUAAUAGCAACAAUACGCCGUCGUUUAGCCUGCAACCACCUAAUGUUCCCGUUGAUUCCGAAGAGUACCAGGCCUUCCUCAAGACCAAGCUCAAUCUCGCCUGCGCUGCUGUGGCCUUGUCUCGCGUGAAGGGAUCUUUGGUAGACAGUCAAGAUUCUGCUGUUUUAGCUGGCAGUGGAUCACAGGCUUCCAAUACUUCACAUUUGGGAUCUCAAGCCCCUUCUAAAGGAGCUGGGUAUGAUUUAUCCAGGCCGCAUGAUAAGAAUGCUAAUGCACCAGUUGGCAUUCCUUCAUUACCUGCAACACAACAUAGAUCUGUGGUUCCCGUAAGGCAAGCAACUAGUGGAUCAUCAAGGGAACUGUCAGAUGAUGAGGACAUUGAAGGAGAAACUGCAAUAACUGAGAAUGUGGACCCUGCUGAUGUGAAACGUGUGAGGAGAAUGCUCUCUAAUAGAGAGUCGGCUAGACGCUCAAGAAGAAGAAAGCAGGCCCAUUUGAGUGAGCUUGAGGCACAGGCAUCUCAAUUAAGAGUUGAGAACUCCUCUCUAUUGAAGCGUCUGACUGAUGCAGACCGAAAGUACAAUGAAGCAGCUGUUGACAAUAGAGUUUUAAAAGCUGAUAUUGAAACAUUGAGAGCAAAGGUAAAGAUGGCUGAGGAGACAGUGAAAAGAAUUACUGGGUUGAAUAUGUUCCAUGCCGUGUCAGAGAUUUCCUCCAUUGGCAUGCCACCAUUUGAUGGAAGCCCUUCAGAGACAUCAACAGAUGCUGCUGUCCCGGUGCAAGAUGACCCAAAUCAUCACUUUUGCCAACCUGCUUCUAAUAGCCCUACACCCACUCAUGACCUGAGAGUCAAGCAUGAUUCUGCAGACAUCCCUUCAGUUGAAAAUGUGCAGCAGAAUUCUGCAGCUACAUCAGCAGAUGCCGUGGGGAACAAGAUGGGGCGAACACCUUCCCUACACCGAGUAGCUAGCUUAGAGCAUCUGCAGAAGCGGAUUAGAGGUGGAAAUCCUUCUGGUCCUCAUUCCAAUGGAGAGCAGUAGUUACAAACAGAGUGUUCUUUACAUGAGGAAGGACUUUAUUAAAGGAUGCUUUCAACAACCAUUGUAUUGCAUCAUUACUUGUGGAUUAGUCAUGUAAAAAUGCUAUUCUUUAUCCAAAAUACACUGAUUGAUACUUUUACCACUUCCAGUUUGUCAUGUCAUGCAUGGAACAGAUUAUAAACCACUGCAAUUAUCAAUUUUCCUUGGCAGUUA